GGGCUUCCAGUACGUGAUGACGCAGGACGCCACCUUCUAAUGCCGCGGGGAAAAUGGCGCGGAACUGGAGCCGUCUCCUCCCGGAGCUGAGCUCCGUAUACACCCGCUUCCCGACAUGGAGCCGCUCGCUGACUGGACCGGUCUAUCCCGGGAUCGUGGAGUCUGUGGAAGAAUUUCGGUUUGUGGAGAGGCUGAUCCCGGCCUCCACCGUACCCACCCCCCCUCAUCACAGCCACUACCCCACCCCCUCAGGCUGGCAGCCCCCACAAGACCCGCUCCCUGACUUGCCCUACACUGUGAGGAGAUCCCGGAUGCACAAUGUCCCCGUUUACACAGACAUCACCCACGGCAACAGGAAGAUGACCAUCAUCAGGAAAAUUGAGGGAGAUAUUUGGGAGCUAGAAAAAGACAUCACUGAGUUCCUCACAACAAUGACAGGGAAACCACCUCAGGUUCAGGUCAAUGAAGUGACGAUGAACAUUCGCAUUAAAGGUUACUUUGAUUCCGAGCUGAAAUCGUGGCUGAUGGAGAAAGGAUUCUGACGUCACAUCUGGGCUGAAAGACCCGUUUCUGCUCAUUGUGUGGAACAGCAAGAUCAGCCUGGCCUCGGGUGUGGAAAUAUCUAUUGAAACUGACAACAAAAUCAAUGAUUUCC